AUGGAACUUCCGCAACUCGGAUUCGGUACUAACGAUGCAAAAGAUCCUGUCAAACUCAACGCAGCGCUUCACUACGCAAUAGAAGAAUGUGGUGUCAGGCAUAUUGAUUGUGCUUGGGCAUAUUUUAAUCAAAAAGUUGUUGGUGAAACACUCAAAGAAAUAUUUGCCAAAGGAAAAAUAAAGCGUGAAGACCUUUAA